ACAUACAUGUCUGUGUGUGUGUGUGUGUGUGUGUGUGUGUGUGUGUGUGUGUGUGUGUGUGUGUGUGUGUGUGUGUGUGUGUGUGUGUGUGUGUGUGUGUGUGUGUGUAGGAGUGAGAGAGCUGGUUUCAGGGCAGAGGGGAGAAGAGGCCCAUUGUCAGACGUACAGCGUGACGGAGGGAGAGAGAGAGUGGGGGAUAGAGAGAGACUGGGAUGGAUAGAUAGACGGGGGGAGAAAGAGAAGGUCAGUUAGAACGAGGGAUCAUGAAGACAGACUGAGGAUGAGACUGAGACAGGCAGCAGAUAGCGAAAGGGAAUGAUGAGAAAGAAAGAAAGAAAGGAAAGAGAAAGAGAGAGAAGAGCAUAGUUUAUUUUGAGUAUGAUUCAGAGAGUGUUUGUGGGGUGAGUGUGUUGUUUGUGUACACAGUUUUGCUAGCGGUGGAGUUUGUGUGGUAAUGAAGUGUAUUCGUUAAAUAGUGUGUGGCAAUGGUGUGUAUUCGUUAAGGGGUUCUAACUUCCAAACAAUAGUGUGUGCCAUAAUGAUGUGUAUUUGUUAAGUAGUGUAUGUGGUAAUGGUGUGUAUUUGUUAAAUAGUGUGUAUGGUAAUGGUGUGUAUUUGUUAAAUAGUGUGUGUGGUAAUGAUGUGUAUUUGUUAAAUAGUGUGUGUGUAGUAUGCUGAGGAUGUAGUUUGUACAUGGAAACUAGGCUACUGGAAUCAAAUAUAUUAUAUAGGCCUACAUUCCAUUCUAGAGGCUUUAUGCUAAGGGGUUAUGUUAAGGGGUUAUGCUAAGUGUUUAUGCUAAGGAUUUAUGCUAAGUGUUUAUGCUAAGGGGUUAUGCUAAGGGGUUAUGCUAAGGCGUUAUGCUAAGGGGUUUUGCUAAGACUUAUGCUUUGCUGAGCAUCUAACAGUUUAUGUGCUAAGAGUGAAGUUAAAGUGAAAGUGUACUGUAGAGUAAAGAUUUAAGUGUAGAGAUUAAAGUUAGAGUGUCGACUAGAAUGUAAAUAAGAGUCUAAAUGUAAAUAAGAGUAUAUAUUAAGCUUAGAGAAGUUUAGUGAGAGUGAAAGACGAUGACAAGUUUUCCAAAGAGAUUUGGCUGUAAGGUUGCCUUGGCGACAUGCUGCCAGUGUGUGUGUGUCAGCCGAUGCCUCUCCUCCCCAGGUGGGUCCUGUCCGGGCUGUGUGUGUGUGUGUGUGUGUGUGUGUGUGCGUGUGUGUGUGAACAGAGCGUGUGUGCGUAGGCGUGUGUGUGUACUGCAGACAUGGGAAACCAGGCCUCACACGAAGACAUCUCUCCAGCGGAGUAUGAUAUUCUUUGGGCAGGAAGUGAUCUAGAAAGAGGAAAUGACAUCAUGACUACAGGACAGGAGAAUGGUACUGAGGAGAAGAUGACUCGGCGGAAUACUGUAUCUCUGGCUAAAGGAGAACACUUCUCAUCAGAUGUAGUUCUGGUGUUUAGCGGUAGGAGGCGCUCCACUGGGGGUUGCGAUACUGAACUGCAGGAGGCUCUGAGGACCAGACUCAGACUGAUGGAGUCCAGCAGCCAAGACAUCAGCUGCCUGUUUAAGGACCUCUCUGCGCGGCUGCUGUCAGUGCAUGCGGAGCGAGACUGCUUCAUCCUGACCUUCAAGACAGUGGAGGAGAUCUGGAGGUUCUCAACAUACCUCUCACUAGGUUACGUGGCGAGGUGUCUGGAGAACUUCCUGUGUGAUCCCUCUUUCUGGUUGGACCCCGCGUUGCUUAGCGACGUGGAGAUCUGCGUAUCGCUGCAGGAGGAACAUCUGGCAACAUUGUACCUGGGACUACUGCUGCAGGAAGGUGCGUUCUUUGCCAAGGCGGUGCGCUCGGUGCAGCGUGAUGAAGAUGACGAUGAUGAGGAGCGUUUGGAGUGUGUGUGUGACGCGUUGCUGUGUGUGAGAGACGUUGGUAAGGAGGAGCUGUGGGAGGGAACGCUGCUGGCCACCGGUGCAAGAGGACUCAUACCUGCCAACGCAUGCCAACCACUACCAUACCCCUUCUACCAGUGAGUUACACACA